AUGGCCUCCAACGAACCGCCAAAUCCGAUGGCCGAGUCCGGGGUCACGAUCCGUUCCGACAGCGAGCAGUAUUCGGGCCACGAAGACCUGUCGAACUCGCCGCCGUCAUCCUCGUCACCGGCCGUAAUCCUCUACCAACCACCGACCAUCUGGUCCAUCCUCCGCGGCGCCGCCAUCAACCUGCUUCUUCCAUUCAUUAACGGCAUGAUGCUCGGCUUCGGCGAGCUUUUCGCUCACGAGGCCGCGUUCAGGUUGGGGUGGAGUAAUACGCGGGAAAUUUUGGCCCGCGACGAGUCAACGAGCGACGAGCGACGGCUCGCGUGUCCAACAGUCGCCAAUCCAGGAACCGCCAGACACAAUGCUUUCCAGCAGAGGCCUCCUCCGGUCAAACCCAGCACUGGGGCUCGCCAGGGCACCCUGCUUCGCGCAUCGACAACCCGGACACCGGCCCGCCCCCUCGCUCCGACCGCGCUGUCUCGGCGGCCAUUCUCGCUCUGGCAAACACGCAAUGCGUCGACCGAGUCGACGAUCCCCAGCAGCAGCGCCGCUGCGCCCGCCGAUGCCUCGGUGCUCUCGGACGUCACGGCGACCCCGGUGAGCCUGACUGGGAGUGACCUCCUCGACAUCCCCGAGCAGAUUGGCUUCCUGAAGACGCUGGGCCUCGACUACGGCUGGGGCCCGACCUCGCUCAUGCAGACCCUGCUCGAGUCCGUCUACGUCUACACCGGCCUCCCGUGGUGGGCCUCCAUCACCCUCGUGGCCGUCGGCAUGCGACUGGCCCUGUUCAAGCCCUCCUUGACCGCCUUGGAAAACUCGCAGAAGUAUCAGGACCUGCUCAAGGACCCGCGGUACAAGGCUGCGAUGGAGGAGAUGAAGCGCAUGAUGAUUACAGGAAAUCACCUGGCCGGCGCCGAGGCUCGGGCCAGGGUGAGCCUGAUGAACCGGGCUGCCGGCUACUCGCUGUGGAAGAACCUCAUCCCGUUGGUCCAGGUCCCCAUCGGCAUCGGCAUGUUCCGCCUCACUAGGGGCAUGGCUGCGCUGCCCGUCCCCUCCUUCGAGACCGGCGGGAUCUUGUGGUUUACCGACCUGACCGUGCCCGACCCGCUCUUCAUCUUCCCUGUUCUCACGGGCAUCAUCAUGACCAUGGCCAUUAGGAUGCCGCUCGCAUACAUGGCUCAGGAACAACAAAAAAUGUUGAGGAUUAUGAGCCUUGUUAUGUUGCCCCUCUCUGUCGUUGUCCCGCUCUUCCUCCCCGCGGGCGCCACCCUCUUCUUCUUCGUCUCGGCGGUCUUGCAUUUUGUGCAACAAUGGACCUUUCACCAGCCGUGGUUCCGCCGACUAGUCGGACUGAAGCCGCUGGUCAAGACGGGCGGGACUGGCGAGAUGUCGUGGCAAGCACCGCGGGUCGUGGACCUGAGCGCCCCGAGAGUCGCGGGCGCACCCCGACCCGCGGCUCCGUCCGGCUCCCAGACCAUGUACCAGAGCUUGAAGUCCACGUUGGAUGAUGCCAAGCAGAAGUUCAACGAGCGCGCCGACCGGAGCGCGCUGGAACGGGCGCAGAAGGCCGCGCGCGAGUACGAGGAGAAGCGAGCUCUCGAGGAGAAGGAGAAGAUUCUUGCGCGCCUGCAGCAGAAGCGCUUCAAGGACGAGCGGUACUAAAUCAACUAGACUCGAUUAGUCCAACUACGUCAUCGCAUUGGGGGGGGUCACGGCGUCACGGAGACAGCAUCAAUCAUCGAGUAGAAGGCCCGGACAAAGGCAGUUAUCUACUACCUGUAUACUACACCCUUUUCACCACGCAACACCAUGAAAGAAAUCACGUCUCGAACCGGU